AUGACCAAGAUAGGGAUCAACGCCGGCUUCGAUAUGGUGCCCCGCCUCUCUCAGAGCGUAGAGGAGAAGGCCCUAUGGGAGAAGUUCAUCCAUUCCACUCAAACCCACUUCAACGACGAUGCCCAGGUCGAGAACAAGCCCUACUGGAUCGAAUUCAAGCUUGACGAUCACCGGAAGCUGCCUUUUGAAGGCCACAAGUUCCUGCGCUUCAGCUCCAAGAUUCAACGCGCAAAUGGCGAGACCACCGAAAUGGAUAAGUACGUCAACGCGGUCACCAGAAUCGCACAGGGCAUCUUUGGCCAUCGGGCCCAGUACUGGAACGAAGGACGCAAGGAACAGUGUAGCUACGAAAAGCGCGAGGUCAAGGAAUCCUACAAGUUCUACGAGACGCCGGACGAGCCUCACGGCCCAGCCAUGCCAACUCCCAUUGAAUCAACGCUCUUCGAGGUCCAACCGAUACCAGCCAAAGGAAGCGGCCUCGUGGCCCUCACAGACAUCCCCCUAGGCACCCGCAUCAUCGGCGAAAAGCCUCUCUUCGCCCUCCACACCAUGCCCGACGCCCUCCUCAACGCGCUCCUCGCCGCCAAGCUCAAGGUUCUCCCCAGGGCCUACCAGUGCCAGUUCCUAUCCAUGCACAACCGUCUCCCGGGCGCGCACCCCUUCGCCGGCAUCGCCAAGACGAAAUGCAUGCCAUGCGGCCCGGGAUCCACGACCGCCUGUUUCUACCUGAGGCUGUGCCAGCUCAACCACAGCUGCGCGCCCAACGCGCACCAAAACUGGAACGGCGACCUCGGCCACAUGACGCUCCAUGCCGCGCGCCCCAUCGCCGCCGGCGAGGAACUCGCCAUCACCUACCCGGCGUGCGGCCCUUCCGAACAGCGCCAGGCCAAGCUGCGCGCCGCGUUCGACUUCGAUUGUCGCUGCGAGGUCUGCGCGCUGCCGCCCGACCGGCUGGCGCGCAGUGAUGAGCGCAAUCGCAUGUUCCAGACCCUGCUGCUGGCGCUCAACGACCGGGAGCGCGUGCGCGAGGAUCCGGGCGCUUGUCUAACUGAUUGCCGCAGCCUCCUGGAGGGGGUGGUCGAGGAGCAGGGGGAGUAUGCUCGUUUGGGCGCGUUUGCGGCGCAUGUGCACAUGAUGGCGUUCCAGAUCUUUGCUGGACAUGGCGAUAGAGCGCGCGCGGCGGUUUGUGCGGAGAGGGCGUAUC